CCCACUACUUUUCCCUUCGCUAUGUUGACGCUACCACAAAGACGUCAGCACCUUGCACACCAUCAUCCUUCGACAACCACCACCCCUUCCGCCGCUACCUCAACCACAAACCUACCUUCACCACUCUCCCCACAGACCUUCUCGCUCGACACCCUCACACAGCAACUCUCUGCCCAGCAGGCCCAGCAAUACGCCGACCAGAAGCUGCUCAACGAUUACCUCGAGUCCCAACAGACCUCCUUCAACCCCCAGCUCGUCCUCGACAGCAAUACCUCCAACCCUUUUAUGCCGGGCGCCUACGACUUUGCCAACCCGCAAAUCAGGAUCCAGCAGUCCACUCCCGUCCCCCACCCCGGCGCAGCCUUUUCCUCGUCUCCUAUGCUGUCCGCCACCGCUGCGACAGGGCUCGACAGCUGGCCCAACUCGUACAACAGUAAUGUCCAGGGCUCACAGACGCUGCAAACGCCCCAGCAACAAAGUCGGUCAGAGCGAAGUCACAACCGCGCACCCUCGUCGUCUUCGGUAGCAUCUACCAAUUACCAAACCUUCCCGAACUCAACCUCGAACCACCUCCCAACGCCUACACAUACACCUACUCAAGACUCCUUCAUGAACAACAACAACAGUUUCAACAACACAUAUACCUCACAGGCAGGCAACAUGGACUCAACCAUGGCUGCACACAUGUCAAUGAAACAAGCGCUCAUGGACCAACACGUUCCAGACGAUGACGUCCCGGCGUUUGCCCAUUCAGCGCGUCAUAGCGUGUCUAGCUACGGUCAUGACUCGCCGGCCACGCCCCACACGGCGCAGGACGACAUGGACUUCAAGAUCCCUCCCAACGACGUGCGACCAGUGCCCAAGUUUGAGCGAACAUAUACAGAUGUGGCCGCCGACUACUCUUUUGAUCCCAAUGCGAUAAUACCGCAGACGGCAUCAAUACCAAACAAAUCAUCCAGCAAUGCGCUCUUGUCGCCAUAUCACAGCAACAAGAAUGACCUCAUCCAACGUAGUCUCCAGGCAGCCCAGAUCGCAAGGUCGCAGUCACCGUCCAGCUCAGCGUCAAGAGGUGACUCACCCUUCCGUCGUGGGUCACCCUACCGCCAGCCCAGCAGCAACAACACCUUCUCAUCGCCGCGGAUGGCAGUAAGCACUGCUGCUGCUGCUCGUGAACAGAAGCAGGCCGCCGACGCGGCGCACGCAAUGAAGUCGCAAUUGUCUUCAUCAGAAGACUCGCAAGUGAAGACCAUCUCUCCCAAGGAUGCGCUUCUGGAUUACCGGGAUGCCGACAACGACUCCAAGGUUCCGCUGUUCCCUGAAGGUGGCGCUACCGAGUACGACCAACAGUACAAUGGUGGCGACCGAUUUAGGAACACCGCCACCCAAUCCGGCUUUGACACAACGUCGCAGUCAUUCAGGAGAGAUAACUGGGCCACCCCCCAGUUCUCGCCAAACUUCCCUCCUGCUGUGUCGGCAACGUCGCAGCCAGCAUCUACAUUUGCAUUUGCCACGCCCUCCAUCCAAAACAACAUGCACUCCGUACAGUCCAACCCAACAUCACAGUACAGAAGCGUGUCGUCGCAGAUGUCAUUCGGUCCUGACUCUACCCCCGAAUUCCCCGCGCAUCUCACAUCUAUGGAGUCGAGUUGCAGUGAAGCUGGUGGUGACCCGAGCAGCCAGUCAAGCGACCGCCCUGUCAGUCACAGCCUCCAAAAACCUGCCGACUCCAAGGCCGACUCUGGUACUUACACAUGUACGUACCAUGGCUGCACGCAGCGCUUCGAGACGCCGCAAAAGCUGCAAAAGCACAAGCGUGAAGGUCAUCGCAACACGGCCAACAUAGGCAUGGGAACGUCAGCUUCGUCGUCGACGUCGGCGGCCGGUAUGACAUCAGCGGCCCUCUUGGAACGCAAUUCGCAAGCCGGACCUCACAAGUGCGAGCGCAUCAACCCCACGACGGGCAAGCCGUGCAACACCAUCUUCUCGCGCCCGUAUGAUCUUACGCGACACGAGGAUACGAUCCACAACGUGCGCAAGCAAAAGGUGCGCUGUGCGUUGUGCGUCGAGGAGAAGACAUUCUCGCGCAACGACGCUCUAACGAGACAUAUGCGCGUCGUUCACCCCGAAGUCGACUUCCCCGGCAAACACAGACGUCGAGGCGGUAACCACGACUGA